AUGUCUCGACCCUUGGUCUCAUUUUUGUUCUUGCUCUUCCAGCUUUUGAGCGUCUUUGUUCCAGCUCAGAGAACAGAGCCGAACACAACAACAGCAGAAUUCGUUUUCCAAGGAUUUAGGGGGCGGGAAUCAGAGAUUCAAACAGAAGGAGCUGCGAUGAUCCAACCUGGUGGAUUAUUGAGACUGACCGAUCAAACCUCAAACGUCACCGGGACUGCGUUCUACAACAAACCUGUGAGAUUGCUUGACCAUAGCAAUAUCUCUACCAACGCCACAAUUCGUUCUUUCAGCACUUCCCUUGUCUUCGUCAUAGACCCUUCGAGCUCCAGCAACGGAGGUUUCGGCUUCACCUUCACACUGUCUCCCACUCCAAACCGUCCAGGCGCCGAUUCUGGACAAUACUUGGGACUUUUCAGCAGAGAGAACGACGGGAAUCCAUCGAAUCACGUUUUCGCAGUUGAGUUCGACACUGUACAAGGAUUCACGGAUGGGGCUGAUAGAACAGGCAAUCACAUCGGUCUAAAUUUCAACAGUCUCGCCUCGGAUGUACAAGAACCGGUUGCGUAUGAAGACGACUAUAACCGAAAAGAGGAAUUCCAUCUGGUGAGCGGCGAUCCCAUCCGAGUCCGUCUAGAUUACGACGGACCCAGCCAAACGCUGACUUUGUUCGCUUCUCCUGCGACAUUUGCGAUUGCCCCGAGUAAACCACUGAUCUCGCAACGCAUUCCUACGCUGACAGAGAUCGUGCAAGAAGAAAUGUACGUUGGAUUCACCGCAGCCACAGGGAAAUAUCAGUCGAGCGCUCACUAUGUGAUGGGUUGGAGUUUCAGAAGCCGUCCAAAUGGUUUACCUGCAGAGAGGCUCGUACUCUUGGCUCUUCCUCGUUUGGCGACGAAGAAAGAUAAUCAAGCCUCGGUCACAAAGAUUCUCAUAGUUGCGAGUUCGGUAGUAAGUAUUCUCGUGGUGUUAGGAGUUAUAGCGUUUACUAUCAGAAAGAGGAAAACAUCAAAUGCUCAGAGAAGAAAGAACUUCAAAGCUCUUACUCCGCUGAGACAUUAUCGUUACAAGGAAGUGAAGAGGUUUACAAACUCAUUUGCUUGCGUUGUUGGGAAAGGAGGGUUUGGAACUGUUUACAAAGGAAACCUUCCUGAUGGUCGUAAGGUCGCGGUCAAAGUUUUGAAGGAUUCAAAGAGCAAUGGCGAAGACUUUAUCAAUGAAGUCGCCAGUAUGAGCCAAACAUCUCAUGUUAACAUUGUUUCUUUCAUUGGAUUCUGCUUUGAAGGAUCCAAAAGAGUGAUUGUUUACGAGUUUCUAGAGAAUGGUUCCUUGGAUCAGUUUAUCUCAGCAAAUGCCUCGCCAAGUGCUGAGUGGAGAAGGAGGCUCUACGAGAUUGCGCUAGGAGUUGCUCGUGGCCUCGAGUACUUGCACUAUAGCUGCAAAACAAGGAUUGUGCAUUUCGACAUCAAACCUCAGGAUGUGUUGUUGGAUUGCAAUCUUUGCCCCAAAGUUUCUGACUUUGGCCUCGCUAAGCUCUGCGAGAAGAAAGAAAGCAUCAUGUCGAUAUUGGACACAAGAGGGACAAUAGGGUAUAUUGCACCAGAGAUGAUCUCUAGAGUUUAUGGGAGUGUGUCUCACAAGUCAGAUGUGUAUAGCUAUGGAAUGUUGGUUCUUGAGAUGACAGGUGCAACAAACAAAGAUAGAGUCGGAAAUGCUGCUUCUAACACUAGCUCGAUUUAUUUCCCCGAUUGGAUCUAUAAGGAUCUUGAAAAUGAACCACAUAGUAAGCUUUUUGGGGAUGAAUUAACUCAAGAAGAAGAAGAAAUCACAAAGAAGAUGAUCUUGGUGGCAUUGUGGUGUAUUCAAUUGUAUCCAUCAAAUCGACCAUCCAUGAACAGAGUUGUAGAGAUGAUGGAAGGAAGCUUGGAUGCUCUUGAAGUCCCUCCUAGGCCUGUUUUGCAAAUUCCCACCACAUCUCUUCAAGAAUCAUCAACACUUUCAGGGGAUAUCUCAAUGUACUCAGAAUAUUGA